AUGAAGUUAGAGCUUACCAGACUAAGAUCAAAAUAUGGUAAUGAAACAACAAAUACUACAACGCAAACGACGAAAGCUGACAGAAAGAUUGAUGACACUCCUACUCCAACUCCUGCAAUGGCGAACAUCACAACAAUUGCUCCAAGAGUUCCAACAGGAGAAGGUAUAUCAGGAAAUGUUUCAACUACUCAUAACAUUACUGAAGCAGCUAAUGUUUCAGCAGUUGAGCAACCUGUUGUUAAUG